AGUUGAAUCACGCCGGAUUACAAAUUUGUGUCCUUAAACUCUUGGCGGCGCGCGGCGCCAAAAUGCCCCACUGUGUUCUUUACUUGACGUCUAGAUCAAAUUAUAAAUAGAUAUUAUCGAACAAGGGCGAACACGCCGAAGCCUUUCAUUGCGACCCGAAUUCGGUGCAGUUGCUGUUAUAACCACCAUGACUUGAGAGUUCUAAUUAUCCUUUCCCCAUUGGGUUAGAUUAAGACAACUAAGCAAUCAAAUAUACAGAACUGCACAGCUUUCCGCAGUUCUCACCCCAGAAUCGGAACGUGAAGAAUCUCCGUAGUACUUCCAAUCGCACCCCCCAUUUGUUCAGAUUACUGAUGUGUAUAUCCUUAACUAGGUAUCAUGAUUUCACGUCAGCUUGCCGCACGGUUUAAAACACCCUCGACUUCGCGACUCUCUGGGAGACAGUUCAAGUCUUAUAAUCUCUGCCCUGGAUUGACCAACACUCGCUCAAUUAUGAACUCGCCUUCGAAUACUCUCAAUGCCCCCUAUAUUCCAAAGAACGUGGCAGGGAUUGAUCUUAAACAAAAUGUUGGGAUUCCAAUGAAGGAACUGGAGGAGCCUUUACAGCUUGGUACAAAGCUUGUUAGUCAAUCAGGAACACAAUACCAGGUUGAUCAAAUACUUCAAUGCAGGACUGAGCCUACAUUAGCCUGUGUUUACUUGGCUAUUUCAAGAAACGGAAAGAAGUAUGUCAUGAAGAACAUCUUUCAUACUGAGUUUGAGUAUCAACUCGAUCUUCAAACCCCUCUUGCGAGCUGCCCAAAUCUUCGGGUUGUCAUGGACACGAUUCCCGAACACCUUCUAUUUGUCUAUAACUACUUUACCGACGAUCUUUUGGAACUGGCCAAGAAAGAGAAUCUCUCUGAUACUGAAAGAAAGAGAAUUCUGCGUGCUACACUAGCUGGUCUUGCAGAUUUGCAUGAUCAAAGCAUCCUACACGGCGACAUCAAACCCAACAAUGUAUUUGUGGACUAUGAUGAGAAUCCUGAUGGUUCUAUCAGGAUAAAUCAAGUCCAGAUCGGUGACCUUGAAAUGGGGUCAAUGGUUCCGCCAGGUUUAAAUGUCCGUGGAGCCCGACUAGGAAAUCCCAUGUGGCGCAGCCCCGAGUCCCAUGCUGCCGCUCGGAUCAAUCGCCCAUCUGACAUAUUUUCUUUUGGCCUUGUUUGCAUAUAUACGAUGCUUCAGAAGAUUAUUUUUCGUAUCGAUUCAGAAGGGUUGACCGAGGAGGAGAAGGAAAGGUUAGUUGCAAGGCGCCUGCUCUCACAUUUUGGGGAUAGCCCGGGACUGGUCGGCCUUGUGGAGCAUUUAGAUUACGACGCUGCAUCGUGGCGAGACCUCGUUCUGGAUGUGAUCAAGGAGUUCUCACCGAAAAAUCCAAGGAAACCGUUCUCCAUGUGGGAGGAUGUUGACGAAUGCUUCCGAGAUCUCAUCACGAAGAUGACCAGCCUAGACCCCACGAGAAGGAUCACAGCGAGGGAAGCCCUUGAACACCCUUGGUUUCAGGAUGUAUAGCGGAUAACGAAGACUAUACCCGCUCUUGUGAGUGGUAAUUUCUACCAAGAACUCACUGAAGGAGUGAUGUAUAAAUAAAAAAUCAACAAUUGAAAAUGUUUUUGUAGCACACGAGCCUUGGUGUGCUAAUUAUUGCGGAGCUAGUCCGCAUUAGGAAAUAGCGAUUCUACAGGCGGCUGCAAUGUAGUAGAAUUGGAUAUUUUCAACAUCAUCAUUCUUCUCUGUAAAUCAUCAAUUUGAUUGCUCUGUAAUAACUAAUUUAAAAAAAACAACACCUGCACAGUCUGCAAGCUAUCUAAUCAUCUUUGAUGAAUUCAACAGUCAUUUCUAAGAGAUACUGAACAUGGUUUAAUUUUCUCUGAAGAGAGGUGUUCUCACAGUGCAGAUAUUCAAAUUUAACAUCUUUGAUAUCAAGUAACUCAACACUAUUAUCUCUGAUCUGGUGUUUGGCAGAGUAGAUUAGAGCAGAGCCUGUAACAGCAGCAGUAGAUUAUUUACAGAGAAAGAAGUUCUAUUUAAUAACUAUAAUAACUUUUGUUUUCUUUCUUUUCUUUUUUUCUUCUUUUUCUCUC